AUGGCACCCGUUGGGGGCAAAAAGACCAAGAGGGGCAUCCUAGAACGUUUAAACUCUGGAGAAGUUGUGAUUGGAGAUGGAGGGUUUGUCUUUGCACUCGAGAAGAGGGGCUACGUGAAGGCAGGCCCCUGGACCCCAGAAGCUGCUGUGGAACAUCCAGAAGCAGUUCGCCAGCUUCAUCGAGAGUUCCUCAGAGCUGGAUCCAAUGUCAUGCAAACCUUCACCUUUUAUGCAAGUGAAGACAAACUGGAGAACAGGGGAAACUAUGUUGCAGAGAAAAUAUCUGGGCAGAAAGUCAAUGAAGCUGCUUGUGACAUUGCCCGGCAAGUGGCUGAUGAGGGAGACGCUUUGGUGGCAGGAGGCGUGAGUCAAACACCUUCAUACCUUAGUUGCAAGAGUGAAACUGAAGUUAAAAAAGUAUUUCAGCAACAGUUAGAGGUCUUUAUGAAGAAGAACGUGGACUUCUUGAUUGCCGAGUAUUUCGAGCAUGUUGAAGAGGCUGUGUGGGCAGUGGAAGCCUUGAAAACAUCUGGGAAACCUGUGGCAGCAACCAUGUGCAUCGGCCCAGAGGGAGAUUUGCAUGGCGUGAGCCCUGGCGAAUGUGCAGUGCGCCUGGUUAAAGCAGGAGCUUCCAUCGUUGGCGUGAACUGCCAUUUUGAUCCCAAAAUUAGUUUACAAACAGUGAAGCUCAUGAAAGAAGGCUUGGAGGCUGCCCGACUGAAAGCCCACCUGAUGAGUCAGCCAUUGGCCUACCACACUCCUGACUGCAACAAACAGGGAUUCAUCGAUCUACCGGAAUUCCCCUUUGGACUGGAGCCCAGAGUUGCAACCAGAUGGGAUAUUCAAAAAUAUGCCAGAGAGGCCUACAAUCUGGGGAUCAGGUACAUUGGCGGGUGCUGUGGAUUUGAGGCCUACCACAUCAGGGCAAUUGCAGAGGAGCUGGCCCCCGAAAGGGGCUUUUUGCCCCCAGCUUCGGAAAAGCAUGGCAGCUGGGGAAGUGGUUUGGACAUGCACACCAAACCGUGGAUUAGAGCAAGGGCCAGGAAGGAAUACUGGGAGAAUCUUCGGAUAGCCUCGGGCAGGCCAUACAACCCUUCAAUGUCAAAGCCUGACGCCUGGGGAGUGACCAAAGGAACAGCUGCGCUGAUGCAGCAGAAAGAAGCCACAACUGAGCAGCAGCUGAAAGAGCUCUUUGAAAAACAGAAAUUUAAAUCUGCACAGUAGCCUCAAAGGAACCCAUUUUUAGUGACUUCUAUGUUUGGGCCACAGUUCCCCAAAAUAAGGAAAAGAUGGUUUAAAAGUAAUGCUUAUGUUAAUGCCAGGCUACAUAUAAAAUUGGUAGUAGCUAAACAAAACAGAACUACAAAUAGCACUUGACAAUUUUAAAAGUAUAUUUUAGAAAUUUACUUAGAAGCAAAAUAAGUAAGAAGUAAAUCUUAAACAGGUUCCCUAUACCACACAUAAGGUAUUAGGGAAAUCACUGCGGCCAAUGAGAAGUAAUUCAGAUAUUCAUUCCCACUUUAGUUAGUUGCAGGUUAGCAAGGAGGAUGAGAUGUGAGCUGACAUGACUGAGACAGAUAAAGUGCUAUAGGGAAGUGACUUCCAAGUUCUAUUGAACAUGACCCUUAGUAAGAAACAAAAGUCAUGUAAUAACCCAAUAAAACACAUACCAUAUAACCACUGAAAUAAAAUGUGAGCCAUUUUGGUAUUUUCUAUUCCAUUCCUUUCCAUCCUAUCUCACUGAUAAAACAUGCCUGCUGAGACCCUUCAAAUUGAUUUUAUGACCCAACAGUUUGAAAAACACUAUCAUGGAACACUUCAGAUAUGGGCACUUUGCUAUUUCUUUAAGUUUGUUCUUAGAAAGUCAAUCGUAUGAGACAUCAUCAGUAAGUAUCAAAAGACCAGAGUCAUCCUCUCAGAGUUCAAGAGUUGUUCUCUCUUACCUGACCCAUUACUAUCACUAAGAAACAUACAGACCAGUGGGGAGGGGAAAGAAGACAUCAGUAUCUAGGCUUUCUCCAUCCCGCCCAAAACUGGAUCCACCUAAAAGCUUUCAGUCAGUAAGGCCAAGGAACAAUGAGCUUGUGUUACCUUGGUAGCUUAAAAAAAAAAAAAAAAGUAUAAUAAAGAAAAAAAUAGGGAUUCUCCAAACUCUAUCCAAGUUUCCUAGAUUGAGAACUAUGAUAUUUUUACCUGAUAACGUCUACUCUCCAAUGAGAGCUCAAGCCCCAAGAUGAUAUUAACAUACACAUGGCUACUCUAUUAAGAGUUCAUGAUGCUGGGGUGCCUGGGUGGCUC